GUGCGCUCACAGAGCACAGCAGCUGCUGCUGCACCACAGGCAGUACCAGAAAAGAGGUUAAAGAAAUUUUCUGUUUAUCGUUGGGAUCCAGAGAAGCAGGGAGACAAACCCCACAUGCAGACAUAUGAGGUCGAUCUAAAUACGUGUGGUCCAAUGGUACUUGAUGCUUUGCUGAAGAUCAAGAAUGAAAUUGAUGCAUCCCUGACCUUCAGAAGAUCAUGUCGAGAGGGCAUCUGUGGUUCUUGCUCAAUGAAUAUUGGUGGAGUGAACACGCUUGCUUGCAUCAGCAAAAUAGACACAAACUUGAGUAAACCAACAAAGAUAUACCCCUUGCCUCAUAUGUAUGUUAUUAAGGAUCUAGUUCCUGAUAUGAAUAACUUCUAUGAGCAAUACCGAUCUAUCCAGCCCUGGUUGCAACGAGGAGAUGGCCUUAAUCCUGGUGAUCAGCAAUACUUGCAGUCAGUUGAUGAUCGCAAAAAGCUGGAUGGUCUGUAUGAGUGCAUCCUGUGCGCGUGUUGCUCAACUUCCUGCCCUUCAUACUGGUGGAAUGGGGACAAGUACUUAGGACCAGCUGUUCUUAUGCAGGCCUAUCGUUGGAUAAUUGACUCCCGUGAUGAAAAAUCUGAAGAUCGUCUUAAGAGAUUACGUGAUCCCUUCUCUGUUUACCGUUGUCAUACCAUCAUGAACUGCACUAAGGCCUGUCCCAAGGGAUUGAAUCCUGGGCGUGCUAUUGCUGAGGUGAAGAAGCUUCUGUCUGGUAUAGCCAAGAAGGGUGAGCCAGGCCUAAAUGCAUUGGGAGCCAAUUAAUCACAAGUGAUAGUUUAUAAAUACACACAAGUGUAAUGUUCCAGAGCCACAAAGAAAUUUAUAUUACUAAAGUAGGGGAUCUGAAAUUACUGACCUGUGUAAGGAUGGGAAUAUUUUGUAGCUAAAAUUUAAAUUGCAUACAUUUUCUUAACCCAAGUAUUAUAUGCAGUAACUGUGCAUUUUAUGGAUACAAGAUGUAAAUUUUUAAAGCAAAAUAUUAAACUGGAGUGAUGUUUUAAUAAGAUUUAUUGAAGCUCCUACAUAUGCUUACUCUAAUAUUUUUUAUAAAAAAAUAAAUAUGCCAGUAAAAUUGUAUUGCUCAAUGGAUGAUUAUUAUAAUGUAAAAUUUAAUGGCUUUUAAGGUUGCAAUAUAACUAGUGACAUGUGAUUGCACUCAUUAUGGUAAAAGUACCACACAAGGUCAGGCCUUUGGUGUAGGUAUCUUGCUCGGAAUCAGCUUCAUCUCUUAAAAUACUGCUAAUGCCAAAUUACAACCCUAUGUACCAUCAGUUUGGGAAUCCCUUCAGCAACUGGGUAUUUGGUCUUGUGGCAUUUAUUGAAAAACAAAAUACAACUCUAUACCUAGUCACAGCAGAAGUGUAACCACCCUUCUCUUUGAAACUUACAUAAAGGCUGUUGUUUUUUUUUUUUUACUGAUAAAGCUUGUUCUGAGGGAAACUGCCUACAAUAUAGGCUGGACUUUGUAGGUAGCAUUUGCUGUAUGUGCAAUCUAAAUUAUGCACAUUGUUCCCCCCAUGUGAAAGUGCAUAUUGCUAGUGAAUAAAAAUACUUCUGUAUUGUAUAUAUUUGAGAUAAUAAACGGAAGUGUAUA